AGCCCCGGGGGCGCAGCUGGUUGGGCCACCAGGCAGUGACGAAGGAUCGGAUGAAAUAAGAAGAAGAAAUCCUCCAGAACUGCGUAUGGGCUGCAUUAAUUACUAAUGCUUGUCUGCCCAUCGAUAUGCACGCAUGCUGUUAAAUGCCGUCCAAGACUGGGCCGCGCAGCUCGGCUUGCCACGUCGUCGAGGCCAGCUGCGUGAACAUCAAAGGCAUCCCGAUAAGACACAGUCCAGGCCCGUGUCUCUGCCAUGUGCUGCAGCGGCGACGUCCUACUUGCUGCAGCGAGCCGCGCCGCGCUCCCAGAGGUACCGAGGUCUGGUUGUUAGACGAAAGAGGUACAUGUACAUGUACCCUACUGCUGCUGCUGGAUGUUGUAGCACAUGUAAGCUGCCUUUGUACAUGUAGUGUAGACACAGCCAGGCAAUGUGCUCACGAGACGACAUGAGCGCAUUUUGGGGGUUGUCGAGAGUUUUGGCGGUUUCUGACUGUUCGGCAAC